AUGGCCCAUUUCUCAGGCGAGGACGAGGUGAUGCUGCAGGCGAUGCUGAGGCAGUUGUUCCAGAGCGUGAAGGAGAAGAUCACGGGUGCUCCCUCUCUGGAGUGCGCCGAGGAAAUCCUCUUACAUCUGGAGGAAACUGAUGAAAAUUUUCACAACUAUGAAUUUGUGAAAUAUCUUCGGCAGCAUAUAUGUAACACUUUGGGGUCUAUGAUUGAAGAAGAAAUGGGAAAAUGGACAUCUGAUCAGAAUCAGGAUGAGGAAUUUGGCUAUGACACAGUUGUACAGCAUGUUACUAAAAGGACUCAGGAAUCUAAAGAAUACAAAGAAAUGAUGCAUUCCCUGAAGAAUAUCAUGAUGGUAGUGGUGGAAUCUAUGAUUAACAAGUUUGAAGAAGAUGAGAUGCGAAGUCAAGAGAGGCAGAAAAAAAUCCAGAAGGAGAAAAGCAACAGUUACUGCACAGAUAAUUGCUCUGAUAGUGAUUCGUCAUUCAAUCAGAGUUACAAAUUUUGUCAAGGAAAAUUACAAUUGAUUUUAGACCAGUUGGAUCCGGGGCAACCUAAAGAGGUGAGAUAUGAAGCCUUGCAAACAUUAUGUUCAGCUCCGCCAUCUGAUGUUUUGAACUGUGAAAAUUGGACGACUCUCUGUGAAAAACUGACAGUGUCUCUUUCAGAUCCCGAUCCUGUGUUUAGUGACCGGAUUUUAAAAUUCUAUGCACAGACAUUUACUCUUUCACCAUUACAUAUGACCAAGGAGAUUUAUACAAGCUUAGCUAAAUAUUUGAAGUUAUACUUUCUUUCUAGAGAAAAUCAUAUUCCUACUCUUUCAGCUGGUAUAGAUAUAAGUAAUCCUAAUGUGAUCUGCUUACUUAAAAAGGUUCGUCUUCUAAAUGAAUAUCAGAAAGAGGCUCCAUCUUUCUGGAUUCGUCACCCAGAAAAGUAUAUGGAAGAAAUUGUGGAGAAUACUUUGUCCUUAUUAUCAGUUAAACAUGAUCAGAGCCAUCUUGUCUCACAAAAGAUUUUGGAUCCAAUUUACUUUUUUGCAUUGGUUGAUACCAAGGCUGUGUGGUUCAAAAAGUGGAUGCAUGCAUAUUAUAGCAGAACUGCAGUACUAAGACUUCUAGAAAAGAAAUAUAAAUCUCUGAUAACUACAGCAGUUCAGCAGUGUGUUCAGUACUUUGAGUUGUGUGAAGCCAUGAAAGCCGAUGAGAUUUUGGGUCAUUCAAAACAUUGUGGGAACAAACAGAAAACCUUCUACUACUCAGGACAAGAAUUACAAUAUAUUUAUUUCAUUCACUCACUGUGCCUUUUAGGAAGGUUAUUGAUCUAUACACAAGGCAGACGGCUAUUUCCCAUAAAGCUGAAGAAUAGAAAAGAUUUAGUAUCCCUUACAGAUCUUCUGGUUCUGUUUACCCAACUUAUCUGUUACUCACCAAGUUGUCCAAAGAUGACAUCAGCUGCACAUUUAGAUAAUUACUCUCCUGGAAGUAUGGUGACUGAAGUUCUUCGGAUACUCUGUGAUCAAAAAGAAUGUGCAGUCGAAUGCUUAUAUAAUAACACUGUGAUUGAGGCACUUCUUCAGCCUAUUCAUAAUUUAAUGAAAGGAACUAAGACUGCUCCAAAUUGCUCUGAAACAGCUUUAAUUCACAUAGCUGAUAUUUUGGCAAGAAUUGCAUCUGUAGAAGAAGGACUUACCUUACUACUUUAUGGAGAAAAUAUGAACUCUUCUGAAGAAAAAAGUCCUACAGGUGCUCAUAUAAUUGCCCAGUUUUCAAAAAAACUUCUUGAUGAAGAUAUUUCUAUUUUUUCUGGAUCGGAAAUGUUGCCCGUGGUUAAAGGAGCUUUUAUCUCUGUGUGUCGUCAAAUAUAUGGUACAUGUGAAGGCUUACAAGUGUUAAUUCCUUAUAGUUUGCAUGAGUCUAUAGCAAAGGCGUGGAAGAAGACAAGUUUGCUAUCAGAAAGAAUUCCUACUCCAGUAAAGUGUUUGGAUUCUGUUUCUUCAGUAAGCCAGGAAUCCCAAAACAUUGUGGCUUGGGAAGAGAAUUUGUUAGAUGAUUUACUAAAUUUUGCUGCCACUCCCAAAGGACUACUAUUUCUUCAAAGAACAGGUGCCAUCAACGAAUGUGUGACGUUUAUGUUCAAUCAAUAUGCAAAAAAAUUACAGAUCAGCAGGCGUAAAAAGUUUGGCUAUGGAGUUUUGGUAGCACAAGUGGCAUCAACAGCAGCAGGUGCAAUAGCACUACAAAGUUCAGGGUUUAUUAAUGGACUUAUAACUGAAUUAUGGGCCAAUCUGGAAUGUGGAAGAGAUGACGUUAGAGUAACCCAUCCCAGAUCUACUCCAGUGGAUCCUAUUGACCGGAGCUGUCAAAAGUCUUUUCUAGCACUGGUGAACUUGUUACCUUAUCCUGCUGUUUACGAGCUGGUAGGCAAUCAAGAUCUUCCUAAUAAAGCAGAGUAUUCUCUUCGUGAAGUCCCAACGUGUGUUAUUGAUAUUAUAGAUAGACUUAUAAUUUUGAAUUCAGAAGCUAAGAUUCGUUCUUUAUUCAACUAUGAACAAUCACACAUCUUUGGUCUAAGGGAUUUCAUAAUUGAUGGCUUAUCGGUAGAGAGAAAUCAUGUUCUUGUUAGAAUAAAUUUUAUCGGUGGUCCCAUGGAACGUAUUUUGCCCCCAAGGGUACUGGAGAAGGGUGAUGAUCCAUAUCCUUGGCCAAUGUUUUCAUCAUAUCCUUUACCAAACUGCUAUCUGUCAGAAGUUACAAGAAAUGCUGAUCUAAAAAAAGACAGUGAUCUUGGCAAACUUUUAUUAUGCUUCAAAAUGUCUGAUAAACAAACCGAGUGGAUAGAAAACUGCCGAAGACAAUUUUGUAAAAUGAUGAAGGCCAAACCUGAUAUAAUCAGUGGAAGUGCUUUACUAGAAUUGCUUGAAAAAUUUGUGCUUCAUCUCUCCGAAAGCGCAUCUGAAUGCUACUUCCCCUCAGUGGAAUAUACAGCUACUGAUGCAAAUGUGAAGAAUGAAAGUCUUUCAUCUGUGCAGCAGCUUGGCAUUAAAAUGACUGUCAGAUAUGGCAAGUUUCUCAGCCUGUUAAAAGACAGUGCAGAAAAUGAUCUUACCUUGGUUUUAAAGCACUGUGAGAAAUUCCUGAAACAGCAGCAAGCUUCCAUAAAAUCUGCUUUUCUCUGCCUGCAGGGGACUUAUGCUGGCCAUGACUGGUUUGUAUCUUCUUUGUUCAUGAUAAUGUUGGGGGACAAAGAGAAAACACUCAGAUUUCUUCAGCACUUCUCCAGGCUUCUGACCUCUGCUUUCCUUUGGUUGCCAAGACUACAUAUUUCUAGGUACCUAGCUACUGACACUAUAGAAUCUGGCAUCCAUCCAGUAUAUUUUUGCAGCACUCACUACAUUGAAAUGCUCCUGAAGGUGGAGGUGCCACUUGUGUUUUCAGCUUUUCACAUGUCUGGUUUUGCACCAUCCCAGAUUUGCCUGCAAUGGAUAACUCAGUGUUUUUGGAAUUAUUUAGACUGGAUAGAAAUCUGCCAUUAUAUUGCUACUUGUGUUUUCCUUGGUCCUGAUUAUCAAGUGUAUCUCUGUAUAGCUAUAUUCAAACAUCUGCAGCAAGACAUUCUGCAGCACACUCAGACUCAAGAUCUGCAGGUUUUCCUAAAAGAAGAAGCACUGCAUGGUUUUCGAGUGAGUGAUUACCUUGAAUACAUGGAGAUUUUAGAACAAAACUACCGACCAGUGGUGCUGAGAGACAUGAGGAACGUUAGAGUGCAGAGCACAUAG